GCCCCACCGGGGGGGUAACGUGGCUAGUGUGUGUGUAUGUAUGUGCAUAAAUAUAAAUGGGUUAUGUAGGUAAAGCAAGUAAUUGAUUGUGUAAGUGAAAACUGAUUCUAUAAGCUUUAUCGCUUGAGGCAGAGCAGCAACCACCUUACAAAACCUCUCGUUUCGUAACGUCGUGUCUGAAAACGUGACGGACUCCCUCGGCACGAACAGCCGACACUGAAGACCGGUAGACGCUGAUCUUUGACACGAAGCACUGUUGGUGUUUCUGAUACAACUAUUGCAGCUAACGUUAUAUUUAAAGCAAUAAGUAUGUCUACCUCCCGUACAAUCAUAUGUUUAUUAAGAAACGACUUGCGUCUUCACGACAAUGAGCUUUUCCACUGGGCUCAAAGAAAUGCGGAGUACGUCGUCCCACUGUACUGCUUCGACCCCAGACAUUAUGUGGGAACAUACAACUACAACCUACCAAAGACUGGGCCUUUCCGCCUGCGCUUCUUACUACAGAGCAUCAGGGACCUCAGAAGCACGCUGCUCAUCAAGGGCAGCAACCUCGUGGUGAGACAUGGUAAGCCAGAGGAGGUAGUUGCCGACCUCAUCAAGCAACUGGGCUCUGUCAGCGCAGUGGCUUUCCACGAAGAGGUAUGCUCGGAAGAACUAAACGUGGAGAAACGAGUGAAGGAUGUCUGUGCACUGAUGAAGAUCAAAGUUCACACCUGCUGGGGGGCUACACUGUACCACAGAGAUGAUCUUCCUUUUCACCACAUAUCUAGGCUGCCUGAUGUGUACACUCAGUUCAGGAAGGCAGUGGAGACACAGAGCAGAGUGAGGCCUGUGUUCCCAGACCCCGAGCAGCUCAAACCUCUCCCCCAAGGGCUGGAGGAAGGAGCCAUUCCUACAGUAGAGGACCUGCAACAGACAGAGCCUGUGACUGAUCCUCGCUCAGCCUUCCCCUACAGUGGUGGUGAAAGUCAGGCUCUGGCCAGACUCAAACACUAUUUCUGGGACACUGAUGCAGUUGCAACUUACAAGGAGACUCGUAAUGGCUUGAUUGGUGUGGAUUAUUCCACUAAAUUUGCAUCUUGGCUGGCGAUGGGUUGCAUUUCACCACGGUAUAUUUAUCAUCAGAUCAAGCAGUAUGAGAGGGAGCGGACAGCCAAUCAGAGCACGUACUGGGUCAUUUUUGAACUUUUGUGGAGGGAUUACUUCAGGUUUGUAGGUGUCAAAUAUGGAAACAGACUGUUUCAGGUCAAAGGUCUUCAAGACAAGUCUGUUCCAUGGAAAAAGGACAUGGAGCUUUUUAAUGCGUGGAAAGAAGGGCGAACCGGAGUGCCCUUCGUGGAUGCCAACAUGAGAGAAUUGGCAAUGACAGGCUUCAUGUCCAACAGGGGGCGACAAAAUGUUGCUAGCUUCCUCACAAAAGACCUGGGCCUGGACUGGAGGAUGGGAGCUGAGUGGUUUGAAUAUCUUCUGAUUGACUAUGAUGUCUGCAGCAACUACGGCAACUGGCUUUACAGUGCUGGUGUAGGAAAUGACCCCAGAGAAAACAGGAAGUUCAACAUGAUCAAGCAAGGCCUUGAUUACGACAAUAAUGGUGACUAUGUGCGGCAGUGGGUUCCUGAGCUGCACGGCAUCAGGGGAGCUGACGUGCACACGCCCUGGACACUCAGCACUGCAGCACUGUCACAUGCUCAAGUGUCCCUUGGUGAGACCUACCCCACCCCCAUCAUCAUAGCGCCUGAAUGGAGCAGACACGCUAACAAGAAACCGGUGGGUGGGAAGAAAAGAGAAGUGCAUAGUAUGCCCAUGUGGGCUGCUGCUGUAAUAGAUUUUUCAAUCCUUUUAUGGCUGUAAACAAAAGUGGCGCAAUAGUGGCAUGGGGCCUUCACCAAGAGGAAAGAAAGGUCCAUCUCACACUCCCAAACAACAUCGGGACAGAGGCAUAGAUUUCUAUUUCUCCAAAAGCAAAAACCUGUGAUCUGCCUCAAAGCAAACACAAACACGUGGGUGGAUGAUCAGGGGAUGGAAACUUCAGUGAUCACCACAAACUUGGACUGUUUCUGUAAAAUCUGUAUUGCACACAGACAACGCGGUGAUCUAGGGAAGUUGUCUGAUGAGGAAAUGCACAGUUCUAGUUACAUGUGAACUUGACUAAUGUAUAUGUACACAACACAUGCCACCAGUUCUCUGGAAAAACAGGCCUCGUACCUUUCCCGGACUCAUUUUAUAAGUUUCCUGUUUCCUGCAACAGCAACAGUGAAAGCCACAUUGUGGUUUUUAGUUUUGAUGCAGUAGACCAGUAAAAUGAUUUAUCUGUUGAUGUUCAUGUGCAGAUGUUAUUGCUUUUAAUUCAUUGUCAGUUUGCCUGUUUGUGGCAGUUUCAAAAUAAAAUAGGUAAAUGCAA